GGAAUCAUUUUAAUUUAGUUUUCUGUUUACUAGUCGAAGACAUCCCUGGCAUCAUCGAUGGGAAGACCAAUGACAGGGGCUAUUCAGGAUGGAAUUACUAGACCAAUGACAGCAGUGAGAGCACCUGGUUUUACCAAAGCAGCUUUGAGAGGCUCUGCAUUUGACCCCCUUGGUCAGUCAAGGGGCCCUGCUCCUCCUUUGGAAGCCAAAAAUGAAGAUAGGUAUGUAAGUUCUCAUGUUGUUGUUUUAGUGUUGUUGUAUAUUUUUAAUAUUUAUUUUCCAAAUACGUAAUUCUCAGGUAUUUUAAAAGUUCAUGUCAGCAGUACCCCUAUGUUUAUGGCAGCAUUAUUUAUA